AGUUUAGCGUUGACUCUUAAAAAAGUUGGCUUAUUAUGUAAAACACGUUUUGCCUGUAAUUGCAUUAUUAAAUAUUCAAAUUUGUUUGUUUCGCCCACAAUUGCAAUUGCAAUACACAGAAUGUUCCCAUCGUUUCGCAUACGUGUGUCUGGUUUGGACAAAAAGGCCAAAUACAUAAUGCUUAUGGAUAUCGUGGCCGCCGACGACUGUCGCUAUAAGUUCCACAAUUCCCGGUGGGUUAUGGCCGGUAAGGCUGACCCAGAGAUGCCUAAACGCAUGUACAUUCAUCCCGACUCUCCGUCAACCGGCGAACAGUGGAUGCAAAAAGUGGUCUCAUUUCACAAACUCAAACUCACAAACAAUAUCGCUGAUAAACAUGGAUUUGUGAGUACCCCACCUACAAUAUUGAAUUCAAUGCACAAAUAUCAGCCCCGCUUUCAUCUAGUCAGAGCCAACGACCUCCUCAAACUGCCAUACAGUACGUUCCGGACCUAUGUCUUCAAAGAGACCGAGUUUAUUGCGGUGACAGCAUAUCAAAAUGAAAAGAUAACGAGAUUAAAGAUAGAUAACAAUCCAUUCGCAAAGGGCUUUCGGGAAACAGGAGCCGGAAAAAGAGAGAAAAAACAAAUAGUGAUUGGGAUGAAUAACAGUCGAUCUCUCGCUUAUGAAAGCGAUAACGACUUGAAGAAUAUGACGUCAGGAAUGAUAGAUAAACUGAAAGAUAGCGAUAAGGCGUCGGCUUUGGACUAUUCGGAUGACGACGAGGAAAGGGUCGAUAUCGAUGACGAUAUGCCUCUUCUCCGCAAAACACCCGACAGAUCGUCAGCAGACAAAGGAGAAGUGCAAUUAAGCGAAUGUAGUGGAGAUGUGCUCACAGAAUGGUGUUUAGUAUUGCUGUCUGGCCUUUGCUGCUGUCCUUUUGCACUCAUAUGUCUCCUCUUAAUGACAUUUUGCGUUGACAGCAAAGGAUCUCUUGUUCUGAGCGCUCCAUCCUCUAUGAGGUCCUCAGUUGCGGUGCAAUCCAUGCCUAAACACACACACUGUUUGGCUGUGAUGUUGCGCUAUGAAUGCCGGUGCCAUUGCCAGCGCCGGUGCCAAUGCCUACCGCAUUAC